AUGGACAUUGUGCCGUGGCGUAUGCGUGAGCGUAUGAAGACAAUGGACGUGGCCCUGGUUCUGUGUCUCAACAUUGGAACAGACCCUCCGGACGUGGAGAAAUCGUCUCCUUGUGCUCGCAAAGAGUGCUGGGUGGACCCGUUCUCUAUGCCGGCCAAGAAGGCUAUUGAAACCAUUGGCAACACACUGCAGUCCCAGUACGAGCGCUGGCAACCACGUGCUCGCUACAAACAGAGCUUAGAUCCGACGGUCGAAAAGAUUCGCGAGCUGUGUGUGAACCGACGAAGACUAGCCAAGCACGACCGCAUGCUAUUCCACUACAAUGGCCACGGUGUACCUCGACCGACGCAGAAUGGAGAGGUAUGGGUGUUCAAUAAGAGCUAUACGCAAUAUAUCCCGUUGCUAGUGUACGACCUGCAGUCGUGGGUGGGGACGCCGUCGAUCUACGUGUUUGACUGCUCGGCGGCAGGAGUCCUGCUGAGCCAUUUCACGUCGCCUCCAGCAAGUCAACCUCAAAUGCACGGACGAAAUGGAAGCCCAUCAGCUAAGGAAGCCAUCGUGCUGGCUGCAUGUUCUGAUGACGAACUGUUACCGAUGAACCCGGAGCUGUGUGCAGACGUGUUUACUUCUUGCUUGACGACGCCUAUUACCGUCGCGCUGCGAUGGUUUAUCUCGCAGAACGAACUCUCGAUGGCGCAUUUGGAUGCCAGCUUCAUUGAGCGUAUCCCUGGAAAGCUGACCGACAGAAAGACACCCCUGGGAGAGCUCAAUUGGAUUUUCACAGCAAUUACCGAUACAAUUGCGUGGAAUAUGCUGCCUCGUGAACUUUUCCAGAAGCUAUUUCGUCAGGAUUUACUUGUGGCGUCGCUCUUCCGUAACUUCUUGCUAGCAGAGCGUAUUAUGAAGUCUGCAGGUUGCUCACCAUGCUCGCUUCCGGCCUUACCACCGACAAAUCACCACUCUUUGUGGCGCUCGUGGGACUUGGCUGCUGAGGUUUGCUUAAAUCAGCUCUACAAACUGUCAAAUCCAUACCCGAAUGUUGAUAUGAGCUUCCAGCCGUCGCGGUUCUUCGCGGAGCAGCUCACAGCGUUCGAGGUAUGGCUACAGUUCGGGUCUUCGGAGAAGCCACCGCCGCAACAGCUGCCUAUGGUUCUGCAAGUGCUUUUAAGUCAAGUUCAUCGUCUUCGCGCACUGGUGCUACUGAAGAAAUUCCUCGACUUGGGACCGUGGGCUGUGAACUUGGCUCUUUCUGUUGGAAUAUUCCCGUAUGUACUCAAGCUGCUCCAAUCUCCAGCGAGUGAGCUUCGACAAGUGCUUGUCUUUAUCUGGGCAAAAAUCCUGGCGUUGGACUCAAGUUGCCAAGUGGACCUUGUGAAGGAUGAUGGUCAUUCCUACUUCAUCUCUCAUCUCGCUGCAGGGCUUCACAACGGUGGAGGGAGCCAGAGUGCUUACAGCGCUGCGAGCAGUAUGAUGCCUGCAGAGCAGAAAGUCAUGGCGGCCUUCAUUAUCUCUGUGAUCUGCAACAAGUACCAACCUGGCCAAAAGAGCUGCUUGCCACAAUACUUGCACAAGAUUUGCAUCAAUCUGCUUCAAGAUCCUGACGAAGAAGUGCGCAAGUGGAUUUGUCUGUGUCUGGCGAAGUUGUGGGAUAAUUUUGACGACGCAAAGCGUAUAGUGAUCGAAGACAAGGUGCCACGGAUACUUGGCGGCAGGCUUCGUGACGAUCGCCCCGAAGUGCGUGCUGCUGCCGCUUACGCGCUUGGAACUUUAGUUGGCUUCCAAUGUGACCCCAACACAAGCGGGAAGCAUGUUGAUAUGAACCGCUUAGAGGAUUUUCUUCGACAGCGAGCGCAUGACGACAUUGUCGUAGCUUUGGAGCUGCUGCGUGGUUGUCGGGAUGGAUCUCCUUUGGUACGUCGGGAGAGUGUGUUAGCUCUGGCCAAUGUUAUCCUGCACAACUACCACCAACCACGUUUCGAGUCCGUAGCCAAGCACUUUAAGAACCAGCCAGUGAGUGCUUCAGCCAAUUCUCCUGCUGACCACAGAUCUUCUGCGGUUGAUAUGGGCUUUCAGAGCGGUAAUGAUGCUCGAAAUUCGCUUGAGAGUGUCAACGACGCGGCUUUUCAAGGCAGCGCAGAUGUGUUCGUCGACGAGGAGCUUCUGGAUGAAAUCGGAGAGGAUGCUAAACACUAUGCGCAAAUCUGGCAUGUGCUCAAGGAAAUGCAGUCCAGAGACCCAUACCCGCAUGUGGUUGACGCUGUUAAAGCGAUUGUCAGCUUCGUGAACGCCAGUAUCUUGGAAGCUGAGCAGGAUCAACUGCGAGAAACCAGUCAGACGGGAAGCGUGUUAGCUUCCCCUCCGCGUAGUGCAGUUCCUGAAAAGCUCACGGCCACGCGUACGGAGAGAAGUCCUGCUGCGGCGUCUCAAUUUCGACGAGAAGGCUCUGUGCCCGGGUUGGCGAACAACCAGGUUCAACGAAAUGACGACCGGUUUGGAGUCCCCUUAGAGAAUACAUCUCUCACCUCGACAAUUGCCGAGCAAGGCAACUUGAUUAGAGCUCCAGAGACGCAAAUGCAACCUGCUGCGUCUACAUUAAAGGGAUUGCGAUCAGCUGCGUCGGUGGGCAACUUCCAGCAGUAUCAAAACAAGUUUCAACAAGGAUCUGGCAGUAUUCAGAGCACUGGAGAUAUCCACGUGAUGCCACCUCCCACGAGCGCAGGGAGUAAAAUGAUUGCAGGACAAUAUCUUGGACAAACCUCUUCUCCCAUGGGGGGAUACAGAGUAGCGAACAAUGGUCUGCCGAGUGAAGGAGGCAUGGGAGGCUAUCCAGUGCACGUUCCCCCUCCGAUGGAACGCUAUGGCCGCCACGACGACUUCCCGUCAACACUAGUGUCCACAUGCUACGAACGACACAAAGCUCACUUCAAUGAUUCGAUUCUGGAGCCCGUACAGGAGGACGAGGACCCACUAAGUGAGAUGGGCGCUGAGAGGUGGGAACGCUGUCGCCGCUACAACCGCAUUCGAGGUGCAGCUAUGAAACUUGCACCUGGUUUCUCUUCUCCUCGAAGCUCGACAACGCAGAAAUUUGGUUUAGGCAUGCGGGAUGUUAGUCCGCACAAUCCACCGCCGUACUCACCUAUCGAGUAUGAUGCUGCACGUCGUAUGUCAACUCUUGGUGACCAGGAAGAAGUAAAGGACUUUACGAUGAACCUCCGUCAGCGGGCUGUGCUGAAUAACGACGCAGAGAUGACAUCAUUGUUGCUGUUCCACCCGUACGAAACGAUGCUACUUGUUGCUGACGAGAAAGACCAAAUCUCACUUUACAACUUUGAAGAAACGGAGACGAAGAUGCUGACGUUUGGAAACAAGAAUCCGCCCGGCUCGCGAUUGACAUCAUUGAACUGGAUCAAUGAAACUGAGGAGAGCCUCUUGACAUGUGGCUCGGAUGAUGGCGUUAUAAAGAUUUACCAUGGUUUGCACAGUCCUCACCAGUCGAUAGGCAGUCCGAAACUUCUAUCCGCUUUCGUUGCGGUGCCUGAUCUAGUGCCGGGAACUCGUGGAUCUGGUUUGGUGAUGAAUUGGCAGCAAGAAACUGGUAUGAUGUAUGCUGGUGGCAACUCAAGCAUGCUCCGAGGCUGGGAAUUACGACAAGAGAAAUGCACCAUCGCACUUCCUACUCAGACGGACUCUUGCAUCACAAGUAUGACGAGUGAUAAGAGUCUCCCCGGGAUGCUGGUGGCUGGUUUUGGUGAUGGCACUUUACGAGUCUUUGACGCACGUAGCAGACCAGACUACGCAGUCAAAACGAUCAUGAAGGAACACACGUCGUGGGUGGUGCAGACCCACAUCUACGCCGGUCGCAAUGAGCUUCUAACUGGAUCCGUGACCGGUGAGUUAAAGUUCUGGGAUAUGCGGUAUCCGAAGAAUAGUGUCAAGUCUUUGGAAGCGCAUCGAUCACCGAUGACUGCCCUCGCCGUGCAUGACUACGCCCCGAUAUUUGCAAGGUACGUUAUGAUAUGA